AGAAACCUACCCACUCCCGUCUUUUCUUCAUACGCAACCCAUUCCACCACAAUACGCACAACCAUACAUCCACACAGCAACCAUGACAUCCCCAUCCACAAAAACCGGGGGCAUCACUCCCAUCGUAAUCUCCAUGGCACUAGCACCAUCACCGCUCGCAUCCAGCACUUCUCCCCCUCCCUCCUCUUCAGACACUAUUUCCGCGACCCCAACAACGACGAAUGCACCUCUCUCUUCAGCCCCGGAAACAUCUUCAUCAUCAGUGGUACACCAGAGUAA